UUAAAAAAGGAAACACUACGGUCAGGAAAAGGAGUAGAUCUAGCUAGCAAACGUCAGUUUGCACUUUGCAUAGACUACUUUUGAGGUUGUACCAUACCGUUUUAGUGGAGCCUUUACGACCACCAAACCGCGGCAGUACAACAUAAGUUAAUCAUGUCAGCACCAGCUCCAGAAGGAUAUGGGCCUUCAGGCGCGGCCGGUGGCAACCGCAAGCUCCAGCAGACACAGGCCCAGGUGGAUGAGGUGGUGGGCAUCAUGCGGGUCAACGUGGACAAGGUCCUGGAGCGAGAUUCAAAGCUGUCUGAGCUGGACGACCGAGCAGACGCUCUCCAGGCUGGUGCCUCUCAAUUUGAGACUAACGCUGCCAAGCUGAAGAGGAAGUUCUGGUGGAAGAACUGCAAGAUGUGGGCCAUUUUGAUAGCUGUCGUCGUCAUCAUACUGGUCAUCAUUAUCAUCUGGUCUCAGUCCUAAGCGAUUGGAGAGGGAGCUGUGAGAACACCCCCAGAGGACUCAAAUGAAGGAGCCAAGAGUGAUCAGAACGACAGGUCAACAGCCCCCCCCAACUAAACUUUAACAACCUGCUGAGUUUCCAACGGUAUUUUGUAAACUAUCCUUUUUUUUCUUCUAUGUGUCAUUUUAAUAAUUAUGAUAUGAAUGUUGCCAAGCAAGUGAAUAUUGCCUAUUUUUCUCUUUUUGGCUUGUUUUGCUUAUUUAAAUACUGCUUUUGUGGUUUCACAUGGACAACUCCCUCUACACGAGGAGCCUGUAUAAGGUCCAGACUGUUUAAGAGGUUUCACAACCACUCCAUAGUGCCUUUGUGUUCUGUUGUGUGCCUCUAGUGUGCCUUUUCUACCUAUAGGGUCAGAGGGGGGUGUCAGGUGUGAGAUUGUGCUUAAGGACCACAAACAAAACAAAAAGGAUGUUGGAAGCCAGAUGGUGUCCAGGGCUCACCUCUUCUGCCUUAUGAAUGCCCCAAAUGCCAGGUCCAGCCCACCACGUGCCAUCACACACCACCAGUGCCUAUCAGGAGUCUGACUCCCACUACACACAUUAGCGUAAAUGUAAUACACUAUUACCACCACACCUGGUGUAACCCCCACCCCACCCCACCACCUCCCACACACAGUCACACCUACACAUACAAACACACAGACCCAAUUCCAAACAUUACAUACUGCCACACUGCCAUGUGUUAGCCUUACUCCAAAAAUCCACCGGUGCCUGUAAUGGCCUUUCUGACCCAAGAAUACUUCCUUCUCCAAAUAGCCUGCUGAUUAAGGAUUCUGCUGCAACAUCUGUUUGGUCUUGAGGUGAAUGGAGGGUGUUGCCUAUCAGCAAUAGCUUUACAUAUUAUUUUAAUUAAAAUGACAUGAAAAGUUUCACAUGUUCCCACAGUGUGCUGUUUUGUACUUGCAUCAAAAACUGUUUUUAGCUUUGCUUAAUGAAGUGACUAAAUUUGCUGUGGGGCUGUGUGUGGAUUUUAAUAAUUGGCCAAAUUUCAGUGUGCAACUCAGCAUUUCAUUAUUUUUUGUACAUGCUUAUGUUCACCUCUUUGGAAUAUUUGUGUAAAUUGUAAACAAGUGCAAUUAUAUUAUGUGUCCUUAAAUACAUUUUCCUGGUGUUGCCAUAGUCAGCUAAAUAAAAAAAACAAUUUAACGACUACUA